AUGGGAAAUCGGAGUACGGUGACGGAAUUCACUCUGAUUGCCUUUCCAACUCUCCUGGAGCUUCGAAUAUUCCUUUUUGUAGUUCUCUUGUUGACUUACACGUUAACAGCAACAGGAAACAUUAUCAUCCUCUUCCUAAUAUGGACUGAUUAUCGCCUACAAACCCCAAUGUACUUUUUCCUCAGUAAUCUGUCCUGUCUGGAUAUUUUAUACACCACUGUUGUUACCCCAAAGCUGCUAGCCUGCCUCCUAGGGGAGAAGAAAGACAUAUCCUUUGCUGGCUGUAUCACUCAAACAUAUUUGUACUUCUUUCUGGGGACAGUGGAGUUUAUCCUCCUGGCGGUAAUGUCCUUUGACCGCUACGUGGCCAUCUGUAACCCCCUGCACUACACCGUCAUCAUGAACAGCAGGUUCUGUCUCCUGCUGGUUCUGAGCUGCUGGGUAGGGGCCUUUCUGUCCGUGUUGGUACCAACCAUUGUAGUGACAAGGCUGCCUUAUUGUAGAAAAGAGAUUAAUCAUUUUUUCUGUGACAUUGCCCCUCUUCUACAUGUGGCCUGUAUAGAUACUCGCCUCAUAGAGAAGAUAAACUUCCUCCUAUCUGCCCUUGUCAUCCUGAGCUCCCUGGCAUUCACUACUGGGUCCUACACCUCCAUUAUUUCUACCAUCCUGCGCAUCCCAUCAGCCCAAGGACGUCAGAAGGCCUUCUCCACCUGUGCUUCUCACAUCACUGUCGUGUCCAUUGCGUAUGGGAGCAACAUCUUUGUGUAUGUGAGGCCCAAUCAGAACUAUUCCCUGGACUUUGACAAGGUCGCUGCUGUCCUCAUUACAGUAGUGACUCCUCUUCUGAACCCUUUUAUUUAUAGUUUGAGGAAUGAAAAGGUGAAGCAAGUGUUGAGAGAGACAGUGAACAGAAUCACAUCCUCGAUACUAAGGAAAACGUGGCAAUAG